GACGCGCCGUCACCGUCGGGGCCGCCGGUGAGCGGGGCCUGUGGGGCCGCGGCCGCCCCGAUAAGGGCGACUUGGUUUCUUAAGCCGAUUAAGAGCCGCGGGCGGGUAAUUAAAUUGUUAUCGCGGAAGCGCUAACGAUGAGCGCGGAGAAGUUUUUGCCUCGAAAACGCCAGGAAUUUGGAUUUUGCAGCAGUUUAAGCAGCAAACGCGGAGCGGCCGGGACUCUGCAACGCCAGCGAAGCUCAGAGCGAUUUGUGAACCCGAGGGAAACGAGGACGAGCGCGGCUGCGCUCCGCCGCCAUGGCGCUGUCCAAGCGGGAGCUGGACGAGCUCAAGCCCUGGAUCGAGAAGACGGUGAAGCGCGUCCUGGGCUUCUCGGAGCCCACGGUGGUGACGGCCGCGCUCAACUGCGUGGGGAAGGGCAUGGACAAGAAGAAAGCGGCCGACCACCUGAGGCCGUUCCUGGACACCUCCACGCUGCGCUUCGUGGACAAGCUGUUCGAGGCGGUGGAGGAAGGACGCAGCUCCCGCCACUCCAAGUCCAACAGCGACCGCACCCGCAAGCGGGAGCUCAAGGUUUUCCGGGAAGUGCCCGUGUCUGGCUGAGGAAAUGUCCUUGUAGGAUACGAACCGUUGUAGUGAAGAAGGGAUUGCGGCUAACGCUUAAACCGGAUGUGUUUGGCGAUGACUCGGAGGUGUCCAAGGAAUCUUCGGGCGUCAAGAAGCGGCGCAUCCCGCGCUUCGAGGAGGUGGAGGACGAGCCCGAGGUCAUUCCCGGCCCCCCGUCCGAGAGCCCCGGGAUGCUCACCAAGCUGCAGAUCAAGCAGAUGAUGGAGGCGGCCACGCGGCAGAUCGAGGAGAGGAAAAAGCAGCUGAGUUUCAUCAGUCCCCCCACACCACAGCCCAAAAUCUCUUCUUCGUCCCAAUCGGAUCGUCUCCCCAUCGGCAACACCAUCCAGCCCUCGCAGGCGGCCACGUUCAUGAACGACGCCAUCGAGAAGGCGCGCAAGGCGGCCGAGCUGCAGGCGCGCAUCCAGGCGCAGCUGGCGCUCAAACCGGGGCUCAUCGGCAACGCCAACAUGGUGGGGCUGGCCAACCUGCACGCCAUGGGCAUCGCGCCGCCGAAGGUGGAGCUGAAGGACCAGACCAAGCCCACGCCGCUGAUCCUGGACGAACAAGGCCGAACCGUCGACGCCACCGGCAAAGAGAUCGAGCUGACGCACCGCAUGCCCACGCUGAAGGCCAACAUCCGCGCCGUGAAGAGGGAGCAGUUCAAACAGCAGCUCAAGGAAAAACCCUCCGAGGACAUGGAGUCCAACACGUACUUCGACCCCCGCGUCUCCAUCACCCCGGCCCAGCGGCAGAAACGCACCUUUAAAUUCCACGAAAAAGGCAAAUUUGAGAAAAUCGCCCAGAGGUUGCGAACGAAGGCGCAACUGGAAAAGCUGCAGGCGGAGAUUUCUCAGGCCGCCAGGAAGACGGGGAUCCACACCUCCACCAAACUGGCGCUCAUUACCCCCAAAAAGGAGCUGAAGGAGGGGGAGAUCCCCGAGAUCGAGUGGUGGGACUCCUACAUCAUCCCCAACGGCCUCGACUUAAAAGGUGGAACGUCUUCCAAGAAAGACGAAUAUUUCGGGAUCACGAACCUCGUGGAGCACCCGGCGCAGCUCAACCCGCCCGUGGACAGCGACACCCCGGUCACCCUGGGCGUGUACCUGACCAAGAAAGAGCAGAAGAAACUUCGGCGCCAGACUCGGCGAGAGGCCCAAAAGGAGCUGCAGGAGAAAGUCCGGCUGGGGCUCAUGCCGCCGCCAGAGCCCAAAGUACGAAUCUCUAAUCUGAUGCGGGUUCUGGGCACGGAGGCCGUUCAGGACCCCACGAAGGUGGAAGCUCACGUGCGAGCGCAGAUGGCCAAGAGGCAGAAAGCCCAUGAAGAGGCGAACGCGGCGAGGAAGCUGACGGCGGAGCAGCGGAAAGCCAAAAAGGUUAAGAAACUGAAAGAAGACGUUUCGCAGGGGGUUCACAUCGCCGUGUACAGGGUCAGAAACUUGAGCAAUCCAGCCAAAAAGUUCAAGAUCGAGGCGAACGCGGGGCAGCUGUACCUGACGGGCGUGGUGGUUUUACACAAAGACGUCAACGUGGUGGUGGUGGAAGGAGGCCCGAAAGCACAGAAGAAAUUCAAACGUCUUAUGCUUCACCGAAUAAAAUGGGACGAGCAAACAUCGAACACGAAGGGAGAGGAUGACGAAGAGUCCGACGAGGAGUCCGUUAAGAAAACAAACAAAUGCUCUCUGGUCUGGGAGGGCACGGCCAAGGAGCGCAGCUUCGGGGAGAUGAAGUUCAAGCAGUGCCCCACGGAGAACAUGGCGCGCGAGCACUUCAAGAAGCACAGCGCCGAGCACUACUGGGACCUGGCGCUCAGCGAGUCGGUGCUGGAGGGCGCGGACUGAGGGCGCCCGCCGCCGCACGCCCCGCUCUCCUGGCGCGCCCAUUAAAGACAUAUUUUUUAAAACAAA